GAGCACUUACACGAAAUUCAAUAAAAAGUAAAGUUCUACAUUAUUUAAUUUAACUUAAAAAAACAUCUUUUAAAACAAUCAAUUAAUCUGUUAUUGCGGGAAUUGCAUCUCAGUCGAAAAUUGCUCAAGGAAUCCUGGAAAGUGACUUUUAAUAAACGUACUAUGCAUCACUUGGUUCAUCUGUAGCGCGUGGGAUCGUCUACCAAUAUGAGUAGCAUUAAUGCUGAAAUUGAGCAAUGUGUUCGACGCAAGACGCUUUGGUCGCAACUUCCAUUGCACGUAAAGCAAAUUUUCAAACACAUUCCGAAGGAAUAUGAGCAAUUCGUGUUCAACUACUCGGUACGAAACCAGUUGCGAUGGCGGGGCAAUAUUGUGAAAAAAAUUUUCAAAAAUGAGUCCCGUUACUACGAAAUUCUCGUGGAAAAAAGUAUCGUCCAUCUUAAUUUGUUUCCCUACCACUUGGCUGAUGUGAUAACGAAGGGCCUACGCUACACCCCAUUCAACUAUUAUCUGGAUGUUUUGUCGUUUAUGUUGAAGCACGACAAGAGUUACGAUACUUUGCCGAAUUUCACAGCUGCAGAUUGCCUUCGCAUCAUUGGCAUCGGUCGUAAUGAAUAUCUAGCACUGAUUGGCGAAGUGAAAACUAAUUCUAAAAAGUUUUUCCGAGAACAAGACCCCAAAUUAUUCUUACCGAAAGUACCUGUUUUUCACAAAAUUCAACCGUUUUGGCGUGUCGAGCUCGGAUAUGUUCUGGAGACGGAUAUUCAGUACUGCAGCGACAUCGAGCGCGGUCUCCUUGAUGAUUUAAUUGACUUUGGGUCUCAAACUGCCGGCGUACUGGAUUUUAAUGUCUUGCUUGGACUCUACAAAAAAGGACUCAUUUACUUGGACGUACCAAUUAGUGGGGAAGAUGUCAUUUGCAUUCCGCAACUGAAGAAUUUCGUGAUGAAUCGCGUGAGUGGCGAUUAUUUCGAAUCUCUGCUCUACAAAAUUUUCGUAACGGCUGACGAACACAUGACGAUUUCCGAAUUGGCCAGUAUGCUCGAAGUGGAACUCGAUACAAUUAAGAUCGGUGUGUCGCUGUUGUGUCGCCUAGGAUUCGCAAACAAAAAGACCGAGUUCAAUAUGAAUAACUUGCAUAUCAGUUGGAACGAAAUUCUGAAUGGUCAGCAGGAAAUUGUGGAAGAUGUGACAAUUUUGAAUCCACCAAAGGAAUUUUUGCGAGAAUCGACGCCAGACUCAACGCCACAACGCCCCACUAAUUUGCCAUUGAAAACAGCACAUACCUCUCCGACCAUCACAAGCCCGUACUGCAAGCCAGGAAGCGUGGACUCGACAUACAUUCUGACCCCGACACCGUUGGAUGGAUCGCCGCCACCGCGAUUGGGAAAGAAGAUUGGAUUUGUUUUUGAUUCAACAUUAACGGCCUUUUUGAUGAUGGGAAAUUUGUCGCCAGGACUAAAAAGUCACGCCGUGACUAUGUUUGAAGUUGGAAAGCUCUGUGAUGAAAGCAUGGAUCAAUUCUUGUUAGAAUUGGAAAAAAUAUCCGUCUUGGAUGCUGAAGGUGGGGAAGUUGGGCGAUACUUUACACAUGCAAUAAUGCUAAGAUCGACUUUAGUGGCUCUACGAAGUGUUUUUAACAGCGGAGUAGAUCUCCUGAGACUGGAGUGUCUUGAAAAUCUAGACUCGAAGACACGAGAUAAAAUUUUAGAUAAAAAAUACAAAGCCCUAAUUGCCAUGGCGCCACUUACGUCGCAUUUUAAACAUGUUUUCACAAUUCCAUUUUUCGGUCCAUUUUACAAAUGUGUCGAAGGCCAUUCGCACAUCUGGGCCAAACUCUUUUACUACCACUUAUCGGGAUUCGGACCUCCGAGUUUGUUUCUCGCGAAAGGUACUUUUCUCAAAUCUUUGCCACGCAUUUUCCUGGGAUACGGCAAACUUCUCGUUUCCAUCCCAAAUAACGAGCCAUACAUCCUCAAUAGUGAGAAUUACAACAACUUGAAUGUCUACCUGAAAAACGGCUGCUUAUUGGUCCAAGGUUAUGGCAUUCGAGAACCCGCUGAAUUACAUUAUCAGGCAUUCCCCUUCGAUCACACCGACAAACUGCAACUAAAAUGGAUGCGACACAAAGCCGUAAUCCGUCUGUCGCAUCACGUCAACUUGGAAAACAGUUGUGGUUACUUGACGUUUGUCAAUACAAAAGUGCCUGACAUCGGAUGUGAUGAUUUUACACUGAAUGUGCGACUGGAACGUGCAAAAAGUAAAAAACAUUCAGGAACGGCAAAAGUCAGUGCGAAGGAUACGAAAGGCAUCGAAAACAAAAAUUUUGUGCAGGAAAAAGGACAAGUUGCGCCACCCAUUACGGAUCUACUCUCGCCACUCGACUCCGAAAUUACGGCUUUUAACACAUUGGAACCGCAGCACGCGACUCUCAUAACUCCCGUUUCACCUGCACAAGUUUUUCGCAGUGACGAUUGCAAUGAAUUAAUUGAAAAGGAGUUGGAUAUUCUGGAAGACGAAGAAAAUAAAAGAAAAGUUUUGAAUUCACAGAGCUCGGUGGAACUUUUAGUGCUUGAUGACGAGAAUCAUGACAUGCGACAAACAGAUGGCGAAUACUAUGGUGAGGAAUGGACUCUUUUGGACGUUUGUUUUGGUAUUCCCCUGUUCGAGGCCGAUUGUAAUUCUCGAAUUUGUCAACAAUUGUCCAAGGAUUUGUUGACAGAUAACAACUUGGCCAAACUAAAAUUUGUCAAUCAGGAAAUGAAUGAAAAAUUCAUGAAAUUUAUUUCGCAGUGUAUGUAUUUCGUGGACGAAAAUAUCGAAUAUGCCAAAAUUGGAGCCCUUAUACCUCCGCCAAGGAUAAACUUGGCUUUCGAGAAUGGCAAAAUAUGCACAUGGCCUGGAAAGUAAGCCAUUUGGAGCGAAACGUAGAUUUCUUAUGAAGAGCGUUUUAAUAAAAAAUAACAUUUAUAUGUGUUUUAGUUCUAGUUUGAAAAUUCGAGUCAUAUUAAGAAUUCAUUAGCUUUACUUUUAAGUUUUUCACUAAUCCAAAAUAACUAUAAGCCAAGUAGCAUUAAUUUUAAAAAAUGUAUAAAAACACAUUAACAUUAAAAGAGAAACUUAAUAUAUUCAAUGAAAAAACUUAUAAACAAUCAACGAAAAACGUCCAAAGGAAAAUUUUCUUUGUUAAAACCCUUUUUAUUUCUAUUUUAAUCAAAAAAGUACUUACCAGUUGAUUAUAAAUCAAAUACUUGUUAAAGAACAUAAAUAUACGAUAAAAGAAUGAAUGAACAAUAAAACUUGCACGACUUGUUUU